AUGGCGACUUCACAGAAUGUGAAGAGUCAAAGCCGGAAUGGUGUAGUACUGUGUCGUGCACAAGAAUUUAAAAAGGCAUACGACUUAGACUUUGUAGUAAGCUUGGUUUUAAAAGCUGCCUUUUUCUGUUCAUCACAAGAUGAACACGGAACAGUUUGGAACGCCAGUCCAACUGACCCAUGUUGUGCUAUUAGCAAGGCUUUAACCCAGUAUCCGGGAUUACCAACGAGGAGAUUGCACGACAAAUCUUCAAACCCUCUCUCUCAAGGGAUUGCAAAGUUGAGAAGGUUUGGAGGAUACAAGCACGAGAUCGAAAUACAAACUGUUGUCACUCUGUGUCAAAGCCUCCCAGAUGAGAGUUUAUUGAUUACACAUGUGAGAUCUUACAUAAACAUUAUUGUUGUUGCUCGUCCGAGAAAGUCAAUCGAACCAUAUUCUACUGUUGGUGACCUUCGAGGAUUUGUAGUGGAGGCUCAUGAUCUCAUUCUCACAUUCCAUGACAUUUAUAAACGUAUGUGCAACUAUCAGAAGAACAGUGCAUAUGAGGCUAAUUCAGCCAACUUGAUGCCUCUUGAUCAUUGUGAGUUUAAACAAGAGAUAGCAAAGUUGACAGACGUGAUCUUGACGAAGUCACCAUUUCUCAACAUUUUAAAUUCUGAAUGGACUCAGCAAGUGUUGACAUUUACACGUAACACUUCUCCUGUGUUGCUACAGAAUGUUAUCACUCAGACGGUGUCUAAACUAGUUUCUCAGUCUUUGCAAGAGUUGAAUCCUAAGUCAGUUUAUAAUAUUCUGAAGGAUUUGAUGUUUAUUCCCAAAGAGGUGCUUGGAGAGUUCUUAAGAAAGUACAGACCUCAACCUGGUGACAGGCUUGCUGAUGUAGUUUGGCAAAAUCUGUUCACUCUUGGCCUGGAACGUGAGUGGAACGCAAUAAAAUCAGACAUUUUGGUUUUGUUGAAGUCUAUGGCAAGGAAUGCUGAAAUUAGAUUGGACUUCUUUAAAGACUUAAUGCAUUUAGCUCAACCUAAACAUUGUCCUAGUCUUCUGACAUGUGAGAAUUCAAAAUUGCUAGACGAUCUGAAAGAGUUUUUGAUUUUGUACAUGAGAAAUGCAAGAAACCAUUUGAGACUGGAUAUUAUGCUGGAUCAGUUGGGCUCUGGGGAAUCACCUUUGCAAAACGUUCUUGUAGACGUCUUUUGUGAGCUUGUCGUACCAAGCCAAGGUGACCUUAUAAAGCAAGAUCUACCAUAUGUAGUCAAGCAAUUUCUUGGAGACCUUUCAAGAAAUAUGAAGAGUUUUGGAAAGGAAAUAGGCACGUUGCCUUUGCCUAAAUGUGGAAUCAGCUGUAUGACUUGUUGGCGGUUACUGGUUGAGUGCUGUCGACAUGCUCCACCUUCACAGUUAACUCUUGCUAAUCCACCAAGACUAAAAGUACUAGCGACUGUUCUUAGAUCAUUUCCAAGUUUUUGGUCAAUGCCCCAACCAGAAACAUCAGUGGAAUUUAUUCAAAGAAACUCUGAGGCUUGUUUCACAGAUUACAUGCAAGAGUAUGAGUCAUGGUACCUUGAUGUUUGCCGAUGGCUUUUUGGUGUUCAACAACAAAUUCUCAAUAGUGAAAUGGCACUUUGCAACCUGAAUGACUUCAAACAGAAUUAUAAUAGGUUGAAGGAGUUGUAUGAUUCAUUCUUGUGCUCAAGUCUUUUCAUUGACAUUGAAAAUAUUAACACCAUUAUUGAAGCAUUUGAAAGGAAAUCAGAGAGCUUGACCUCUUUUCUCUUGUAUCAAACUUCUGAUCACAAAUGGGUAUGGAUGAAAGACUUGUUGGUUUCAUGGGGAGUGGAGACUGACAAAGAGCUGUUUCAGUUAGUUGAGGAAAGUUUGCUAUUUGGCAAAUGUCACUCAAGAAUAGCAGUGGGCAAUGAAUCUGUAGGUUUACUGUCUUUCAAGCCACAUGUCACAUUGAAAGACAUCUGUUCUCUUCAUGACAAAGUCAGUGCAUGGUUUUGUCCAAUUUUGCAAAACAAGGAUUUGCUUAGUUACUUCUCUGCUCAUGGAAGUGUUCUUUUUCGAGCAUAUAUGGAGGAACAGUUAGAAAGGGUUUUACAGAAUGCUCAAUCUCUGCAAAGUGGUGUAGCUAGUUACAACUGGGCUAGUUCUAUCUUUGGACAUGAUUUUGACAUCGCUGAGGCUGAUGAUGGAGAUCAGUCACGAAGUCGUACAGUCAGUCUUCAAACGUUUAGCGAAUGUAUACAGAGAGCACGCCGUUGCUUAAUUCAAUUACUGGAUCAAACAGCAAAGUUUCAAGAUGUAUCUGUCAUCGGACAAGAAAGGGUCAAAGGAGUAGAUGUUGACAGAGAGUUGGCUACACUUGUAGAAUACCCUGAAUUUAGAAAUUCUUGCGAGCUUAAGUCAGUGCAAAGUGGAAUCAGUGAUAUGCUGGGUCUUGUACAAUAUACUUCGAUUGUACAGACUGUUGUCAGUGUGUGCAAACAGUACGACAUGAAGGAUUGCUUAAGAGAUCUAGAGUCUACCAAAUUGAAAGAAUAUAGUGAAGAACUACAAAAUUUUUUAGCUUCCAGAUUGAAUAAGCUAACAGUUGCUGAGAGCAGCGAAUUGAAGAAGAAAUUGGACAGUCUUUUUAUGAAUACUCCAAUGAACAAAUUGCAUGCAUUUGAUGUUAUACAACAGAGUGAAGAGUUUUUCACUUUUAUUCGUGAAAAGAAAUUCUACACACCGGAAGGAAAAAUCAGCUUCAAUCAGCAGGUUGGUUUGAUAACCAAUCAAUUGAGGGAUCAAGAAUACAAUGAAACAGUGCUGAGUCACCUGCAAGUUGCAUUUCGGUUUGUGGUGCUUUUCACUGACCCACAAGUCACAUUUGCAUGUCUUCUUCAGAAUCUGAAAGAAUCUGAUGUGUUCAAUUCAUUGAAUUGGAAGCAUCCUGUAAAUACAGUUAAUACCAACAUAACUACAAUCAAAAUAUGGUUCUCAAAAGCUGAGGGUGAUACCUUUGAGAAUGUCACUCGUGAUUUGGAAGCAAUAAUGACAUCUGGAUUUUAUGAGUUCAGUUUUGGCAUGAAAGCACUGACAUCAUUGAAGACUGCUCAAGUGUCUGAUGAAUGCAGAUUACAGCUUGUUUAUACCCUCCAAUCAGAGGGUGUCACAGAGGCUUCUGAUGAAAUCCAUCAUGCUUCUAGAACUGUGGGAAAAAAAGAAGUCCAACUGGAUGGUGAAUAUUUGGAUGACUUUGUUCGUAAGCUGGGGUUUAUGCAGGGCGAAGGCGAUAACCAACAACAGUUGCGAAUGAGACAAUUUUUGAAGAAGAAUGAAUUGGUGCAGAAUAUCUUUGACACUUGUUCACGUCUUCAUAGGCUUGGUGAUCCAAAAUACAGAGACAAACAAUUUCCGCAUAAUGUUGCUAUUAGUCUAGAAAAGGCAGAAGACCAGCUCAAGAAAUGUCAAGUUGACUUGAAGUCAUGGCAACAGAAUGUCAGUGAUUGGCAAAAGAAAUAUAUACAGCUGCUGUUUUUUAGCAUUCAACAGAUUCUUGCAUUGGCUAGGGGAUUGACAACUGACAACUUUUCAGAGGUUGCCAAUCUUGUUUCUUUGCUAUUUAAGAGCAACAGAGACUCAGUUGAAGUCUUGGAAGCUAAGAUACCUCAACAUUAUCAGCUGAUAAAAACAAACAUUUUGCCAAAAUUGCUGAGCAUUACUGGUUCUGGAUCUGUGUCACCAUUUCAGCUGUGUGGAGAAUUUUUGGAUGCACUAGUAAACGAUGUCCAUGUUGUUAUGUGUUUAUGCUCAAAACCAAGAAUCCUUUCUUUUGAAUCAGCUGGUCAUACUGUUCACAAUGCAUACUUUUUCAGUCCUGAUCAAAUACUUCGAUUGCUUUUCCAGAUAUACCAAGGGCCUCCUGAAUCAUUUGAGGUGUUACGAUGCACUGUCAACACAACAGACGAAGAAUGUAGUUGUUUUCUUCAAAGAGCAGCAAGCUUUUUGUACCGAACAUUUGCUAUGGUGUAUGUGAAUCAUCUUAGAACUGACUUACAGGAACAAGUUCUUCGAUUUCAAUUAGAUUCAUUGAAUCGGUCAGUACAGAUGCACUAUAUUUUGGAUGCAUCUUCCAUUUGUCAUGAUGCUCCUUGGAUCACUAUUGAGUGUUAUGAAACUAACAAACUUAAACUUUCACAUUUGGAUGUAUCAAACAUAUGUCAAGAAAAAGUGAUGAUGCGCUUUGGUAUAAGCAGAAUUGCAGUGGUGUUUGGUAAAGCCGGUGACGGAAAAUCUCAUUACAUCAAAAAACAGUUGAAGACGUGCCAAGGGGAUACCUGCACUAUAGCAGUGCAUGAGGCAUUCAGUGUGGGCAAGGCAAUUCAAAAGAUGCAACGGAUAAAACCACAAAGAGAUGUAUUAGGCAAUUGUAUUUACUUUAACAUCACUAUUUCACCUCCAAACAAUGCAAAAAGCGAAGAGGCAGAUCAUUAUUGUUUUGUGAUGAAUGAGUUUAAUUGGUUUUUAUUUAAUCUCUUUUGCAUGGGUUUUGUCCAAGACCCUGUUACAGGCUGGUCAUUUAGGCUAAAAGCUGGAUAUGACUGGCAUUUUUUUAUUGAAGUUCCAUCAGUUUUCAGUGAUUGGGAUGCUAAGCAAGGAUUGACACAGUUUUAUGCCUUGGUGCCUUUUCUGAAAUAUGUUGGUAGUGAAUAUCAUGUCAAACAGGAUGACCCACUUGACAUCGACGAAGAUGUACAGCUAGUAUGCAAGUACUUGAAGGCAUUGAAAAACCCGAAACACAUCAAUCGUUUGUAUCGACAUAAAUGUGAAGUCAAAUUUUCAACUGAUCCAAAUUUGGUUGAUCAAACGUGUUGGCAGCUUCUGUCGGAAGCUAUGCCAGAUCAUGUCAAAAAUCGAAAGAUUUUGCAGCAGCUUUUUGUUAAGUACAUGAAACGACGAUGCACUAUACUGGAAAACUUGCCUGGAUUUAACUUCAAUGAAGGGGUAGGACUGGGCGGUGCCGAUACAAAACAACUGGGUUCUACCUUGCUGUCAACAAUGCUGAGGGAAGUAAACAGCUUUUGCCACCCUGACGUUCAGAUGGACUGGAAAUUACAUUCUCAUCAGCAACUUAUAUAUGAUGUCAAAGAUCGCUCAGCUAGCAUUUUGUUUUUUUCCAUUAACCCAGAUAAACUGGAUCGUGAGGAACGGGAGAAGCUGGAAAGAGUAGGCAUAAACAUACCGUCUUUAAUGGACUUGAAACAACGUGAAGUGCUUGAUGACUACUUAUCCAGGGCUCUUAAUGUUGAUCAAGAGGUUUACCAAAUAUCGCCAGAUGCUUCAAGAUUCGGACUUGCUCUAAUAGAUGAAGCAAAAUAUGUAUUAACAGUAGAUUAUACUGUUAAGAUGCUUAACAUUCAUGAAAGGCGGAUGUGUGGAGUUCCCGUUGUCAUUGAAGGAGAAACUGGUGUUGGAAAGACAGCAUUGCUUCAAAUGUUGUCUGUUCUCUGGAAUACGUCAUCACAAAGAUUACGUCGCAUUACACUUGAAACUGUUGCUGAAAUUUUGCAAAAGGAAGCUGGUGUGAGGUCUUUAUCUGGCAUUCAAGUGUCGUGUCACCCAGAAGAUAUGAAAAUUGCAAAUCGUGUUGUUAGUUCUAUGCAGAAUAGAUCUGGGAAGAUUCUAGAUCAAGAAUCUGUCAAUGAGGCAUGGUCAGUAUUCUGGAAAGACAUUAGAAAGGUGCUAUUAGAUGCUGUUGCUGAUCCAGCUAUGUCUAUGUUUGAUAUUGACAAGGCUUUGAUCAUUGAAGCUAAUAAUCACAACACCUCCAUGCAUACUGCAAGACUUCUGGAAGGAUUUUUAAAGAUGAAUGUCAUAAACACAUUUCAUAAGUUAAAUGUGCAUGCAGCUUUAACUCCAGAAGACUUUAUCUGUUUUUUCACUCCAGUAUUUAAGCAAGCAGAGGAGCUGCAGAAGCUAACAAAGAAGCAUAGUGGAGAGCAGCCACCAACAGUUGUUGUUUUUCUUGAUGAGAUUAACACAUCAUCAUGCAUUGGGGUGAUCAAAGAGUUGCUUGUUGAUCGUAGCUUAGACGGUAAUUUAGUUCCAUCUAAUGUCUUUCUUGUUGCUGCUUGCAAUCCUCAUCGAGGAAGCAGUGUUCCUAUACGUGACUCUUCGGAACAUGGUGACUGGGUGUUAGGAUCAUAUUAUGUUCGUCCUCUUCCACCAACUCUUCGUUUUGUUGUUUGGGAUUAUGGUGCUUUGGAUGAAAAUCAAGAACAUGAUUACAUCCGGGAGAAGAUUACCAUGAAUCGUGGAAGACUUAGUCUUCAAGUUUUGCAACAUACAGAUCUGAUUGCUAAGUGCCAGUCCAUAGUGCGUGAUUUUGCUACAGAGCAACUGAAAUUAGUUGGAUUUCUUCCUAGAGAAGCAGCCAUAAGAGCCACAAGCUGUGUGAGCCAAAGAGAUAUUCAGCGUGUAUUUAUUCUUGCUGCAUAUUUUGAGGAUUCUUUUCAAGAGCAUUUCCGUAAACGAUCUUACAAUUGGUGUGCACGUGCUGCCAUUCUUUCUUCACUUGGUAUUGUGUAUUAUCUGCGACUGGAUGAACGGUAUAGGAAGACGUUUGCCUCACUACUUAAUGAAUUUGAAGCAGGAACUAGCGAAGACAACUUCAGCACUGUCUUUGACAAUGUGAUGGAUAAAUACGUGGACGGUAUGUAUAUUCCUUUUGGAAUUGCUAAGACUAAAGCACUAAAGGAGAACUUGUUUGCAACUGUUGUGUGUACUGCUUGCUGCCUUCCUCUUAUUAUUGUUGGACCUCCAGGAUGUUCAAAAACUCUCUCCUUUAAUCUAGCUUUAGUGAACAUGAAAGGAGCAGAGUCUCGUAAGCCAUUUUUUCGAAACACAAACUACUUCCCAGCUCUUGAUCCAUAUCAUUAUCAAUGCUCAAGACGAUCGACUUCGCUUGAAAUUGAAAAUGUGUUUAAGAGAGCUAUCAAACGACAACAGCAUCACAACACUUCCAAACUUCCAAUCAGAUGUGUUGUGUUCAUGGAUGAAGCUGGUUUGCCAGAAGAAAGUCACGAGUCUCUGAAAGUGUUACACUAUUAUCUUGACAAUCCACAAGUGUCGUUUGUUGCAAUUACUAACCAUAUUCUUGAUGCUGCGAAAUCUAAUCGAGCUAUCAGUCUGUUUCGGCCUCAUCCAGAUGAAGAUGACUUGAAGACAUUAGCUCGGGGUUGUCUUUGCCCUGAUCCAUCUCGACCACAACCCGAAGUUCAAGGCAUUAUAGCUGCUCUUGACAAAUUUUGUGUAACCUAUGGAAUUAUUAUGGAAACACCUCAAUUUAAGAAGUUUUAUGGUUUAAGAGAUUUUAUUCAUUUUAUUAGCUACAUUCGACGUCAUCGUGGUAGCACAACUGAAUUGACUCCUGAUCUUGUACUGAAAGCACUUGAACGAAACUUCAGUGGCAUGGGGCAACAAAACUUUAGAUUAAUUGCAGACAAAUUUUUGGAAACAAUGAAUUCCUCUUUGAGUAAUCUGAAGCAAAGAAACACAAUAGAGAUUUUGCAAGAAAGUCUUGCAGAUGUUAGCCUUGCUCAGUCAGGAGACAACGAAGCUAUUGAAGCAGAAGUACGAUACAAGCUGAUUAUUGACACAAGUGAUGAUGAUUCCAUGGUAAGGCUCUUGUUCAAGCAUCAUGUCUUAGAUCGGCAUUCAACUUGUACAUUUACAUGCAGUGAUUUUCCUAAUGAUGGUGAUAUUCAGAAAGUUCAUAUCAUAUCUGCUAUCAAGCAUGCUGCCUUGGAAGGUCGAACUGUUAUCUUUAGGCAAACUGACGACAUCAAUGAAAGUUUUUAUGAUUUGUUCAAUCAGCACUUUAGAAGAAUUGAUGAUCCUAAUUUUGAAGGUGGUCGUCGUUAUUAUGCAAAUAUUGCCAUUGGGUCACACUCAAAACCUUGCAGGGUUGAUCCCAAAUUUCAGUGCAUUGUGCACAUGCGACAAUCCGAGGUCGAUAAUACGCCUGCUCCAUUUCUGAAUCGAUUUGAAAAGUUUUUAGUGUCACAAGAAAAUUUGCUGCAGAUUGCUCAAAGUGCACUACCUUCGGUUGUAGGCUGCUUAAUGUCCUUAGCUAUGGAUAAAGGAAAGUUAUUCCAUGAGGCUAUUGGACAAGAAAACUUUUAUGGUUCUACAAUACAGACAUUGCAGUCACUGUUUCUGGAGCUUCUACCUCUUCCAAUGAAGGAGCAGAAUAAAUUUUGUCAACAUUUGGAGGCUCUUGUUGAAUCAGAAGAUUGCUCAGUUGAUAAUGAUGAGAAUGACUGUGAAGAAGAAGCACACAGUUGUCUAGAUAAAUCUGCAUGGGAUGACACAGCUGUUAAAGUCAUCACGCACCUAGAGGAUGUUCUCAGAAAUAUAGGAUUUCAAUUUCUUGCAAGAACUGAACAAGGACGUCAGUUUCAAUGUAGUGCAAUCUUUGUGUCUGUUUUUCAGCUAUUUGAAGAAUGUGAUGGAAAAGCAUGCCGACAAGAACUUGUUCAAAAUCCAAAGAUUAUUCAGUCUUGGCUUGCAAAGGGUCUUCUAGACCUAUCACAGAGAUGUGUUCAGGAGACUAUAAUAUGUAGAAACUCUAGUUUUGCUGUUGCAACAUUUGUGCAGUGGGUUGUAUUUCAUGUGUGCAGUAGUCUGCUGAAAAUAGCAACCCCGGAAUCUUUAAUUUUGCAGAGUGGAAAGAUUCCAUGGCAGUAUGUUCUUGAGUAUUUGGAUCUUCAACCUCACUUUUCAUUAAAAGAAGUUCUGCUGUCUUGCAAAGAUCUUCCUGUAGCAACUGAGUUUGCUUCUAAAGUGAUCUGCUUUACACGAACUACUGCUGCAGUGCAUAAACUGCCUCCUAGCUAUUCUCAGAGUGGUAGCAUAAAUGGUGACAGUUUUGGUAUUCAUGUAAUGGAGCAGCUGCUACCAGGUAGUGUGACCAAUGGGCUAGUCAUGUUAAAAUUAGAAAAUGUUUGUACUCUAGAAGCUUUCAUGACUUUUUUGAAAGAAUUUAUAGAGAAUAGCUGUUGUCGCGUGUUUCUUAUUAUUGCCAACAUGAAAAUCUGUGAUCGCAAAAGAAUCAAUCAUGUACGGACUAUGAUAGAAGAAUAUGAACUGACAUCAUCAGUUGAUGCAGCCAAUAAGUCUGGUGUGAGGAAAACGUUUAUCCUAUUACUUCAUUUUCCUCCAAGUUUGGGCCCUUCCAAACCAUGCUACCCAACUCUAUUUUUGCAUGGAUGGGAACACAUUUAUCUCGAUAGCAUUAUUGAAGUAGAGCGCACAGAUCCAGUCAAUGUGUGCAACUGGAUGCGUGCAUGUUUUGUAAGUUAUGACAAACAUGAUGUCACAAGCGAUGAUGUGUACGUGUCAGAGCAGGUGAAAGGUCUUCUACAACUUUUGUCACAGGCCAUUGAUAUGGCAGUGUCUCGCAUCAAAUUUGGAGAUAUUGAUGGCAGUCACUUGAACAGAAAAAUGAAUGCCAAAAAAAGAGCAGAAAAAUUACAGUGGCUUGUAAGUGAGCUUCCUGUUUUGUCGAAUGCUCUUUGUGAAAGAUUUGCUAAGCUGUGGAAUCUGCAUGCCAUUGGUGAACAGCUAAUGAUGGCAGUUGACCAUAAGGAUUCAUGCUUGACAGUUUCUGAACGUGUUCAGAGUGGAUUCAGGACUUUGUUUUAUAACUACAUAGCACUGUCUUUUUACCAGAUGAAUAGAGACUAUAAUUUGGAACUUCUCUUUCAGUCUCUUGCAUCAAGGGAUGAUGAUGAUGACGAUGACGAUGACGAUGAUGAUGAUGAUGAUGAUGAUGAUGAUGAUGAUGAUGAUGAUGACGAUGACGAUGAUGAUGGUGGUGGUGGUGAUGAUAAUGAAGAAGACGUUUCAUUAAGGAACUUGUUUGUGGACAUAUUUAGAACUCUACCAAUUCCUCAGCUUAAUGAACUUCAGUUGCUGAACCAUACAUUUGAUGCUAGACAACCCAUUCGACAUAAUGGCCAGUAUUCUGUAUUUCCUGUUUUUCCCUUUUUUAGUCUUGUUCUACAAGAGAUAGAACAAGCACUUGAUCACAUUCUGGUAGCAAUUCAUGAAGUUGAUCUUGAUGAAGAGCAAAUGGACAAUGUGAGCCAAUCUAUGCUGGAGAAAAAACAAGUCAAAGUUUGUGACAUUGAAGCAAGAGCUAAUUCUGAGCUUCUUAAGGUGCUGGAUUCAACAAUGGCUAACACAACUACAGUCAGACUUUCUGUUGCUCAGCUGGCUUGCCAAGCGAUAGAUGGCAAUGAGACAUUGUGGGAUCGAUAUUUAGCUGAAUUUGCACGCACACAACUGCACUGUUAUCUUGGCGAUCAUGGCAGCCAAAAGCAUCAUCUGCUGAGUGCUUGGCUUGGUGGCUUAGAAAAAUACCCAACAAAGGAGCGCUUUGUUAAACUGCACGUCAUUACUCGGCUUCAUCAGAAAAGAAUCGGUGCUACUAUUGCAGCUUUGCGAUCAUUGGAGUUAUUGGAAGCUCUUCCUUCAGACAUUAAGCCAUCAAAUAUUUCUCUUAAUGCAAAAGACUUUGUACAAGAACGUGAAGGGCAAUUGUUUAUUUACAUCAUUGAUGUAAUGUUUGGCUACAUUCAGAAUAUGUUCUCAUCUUCAUUGAUUGAAGACACUUUAUCAGGUGUUGAAGAACCAUUUAUGAGGUGGUGUUUUGCAUACGAAAAUCUGACUGCCAGCUUACCUGCAAUGAGAGUGUACCAAUUUAAAGAUGUUUCUGUUCGUCCUAAACUUCAAGCCAUUCACACUGUGUUCAGUUUUAUGAAAGCUCUCAAUUUUGACCAAUCUGCUGCUACUGCUGCAGCAGCAAUGAAGCUAGCACAGAAGGUGUUAGGUGAAGUGGAGAUCUUGACUCUGAGGAGCAUAGUCAAAAGCAGCUUAUCUUGUAUACGUCAAUCCUAUCAGUUGGAAGAAAAUGAAUCACAAUCAGACAUAGAAGCAUUGUUCACUGCGGGAAGUGCAUUGUUAGAAGAUGUACUGAUUUUUCAGUUUCCAUCUGCUUCACCAGGCCAUGGCUUUCUGUGCCCAUUGCCUGACUGUCAUUGGUUAUUGAACAUGAUCAACCGGCAGCACCAUUGGUCUGUUACUGCUGUUUCACAAGCAGGAGAUUCCCUUCAAGUGUCAAGUCAAACUUUGUCAAGGAAAGAGUCAGUCUAUGGCAAUGAUGAUUUUCCUAUUGGAUUUGUGCAUUUCAAAUUGGCUCAGCACUGUUUGAUGCAGGCUUUGCAGUCUACAGCCAAAAACAGCAAUAGAAUAAAUUUCAACGUUCAGGUUCGGCAAAUGAUUGGUGAAGUGCUUUGUGAUCAUAUACACUGUAAUGAAAUUGAGAUGGAACCAUUUAUUCCAGCGUGCUACACUGGGAAUCGUAAUUUAUGGUCACAGCAGCCACUAGCUUCUGUCUAUUUUCAUUGCUGCUUGGAUCAGCUAAGUGCAAGUAUUAGUAGAGCUGGAUUUACUCAUCUCCUUCAACGUAUUGAUCAAUAUGAUGAGGAGAUUUAUGAAUCAAAACAUCCCUUUACAACAGUGUUGCAAGUAGAACGUCAAGCUGUUGCUCAGAUUGUCAUUAGACAGUUUUCUGAGAUGUUUGAACCAGGAUCAAUUGAAUUGCUGAAGCGUCAUCUCAAUCCUCUGUUUGUCAGUCAUGUUAACAGGUUAUUUCAGGAUCAGAGAUGGGGAGGAAGUAGUGGCCACAUAUUAGCAUUUCUCCAUCACAUGUCACAACGUCUAAAGAGUACACGAAAACUGAUCAACAUAUUCACUGAUUACUUUCAUACUUUUAGUACAUCAUUUUCUUGGAUGUCGGAUUUAUUAAAUAAGUUUAAGGAUAAACCGAGGUUUCAAUCUCAUUUAUUGCCAUUCAUGGUGGAUGACAGUACAGAUGAAACGUUUCAGUCGAGAUUGUACAAGCAAGUUACUGAUCUUGUUGAAGCUGUAUCACAAGCUGCAUUGACUGGAGAUGCCCAAGCUGAAGCAGAUGCUGUUGAAGAGCUUUGUGAUUUUUGCAAAAAUGAGAUGUGUGAAGGUAUGAAGAACAGUUUGCAUUUGCGAAUGAUGCUUUGUCUAGCUAUAUACUAUCAGUUGUAUGAAAAGAAGAUUUCAAGUCAUUGUUUAGCUGAGAAAGUGCAUGAGCUCAAAUGCAUUAAUUUAGAUGAACAGAAGUGCUGUUUGUUGGCAUGCUUUGCUGAUCCACGCAUGAUGGUGAUUUGUCUUGAACCUUCUAAUUCUAUCUAUCCUGAUGAAGUAUUACCGGAACUGCGUGGAGCUAAUGUCGGACGAAGCAUCAAUCCUAGAGAUACAGAUGUAGAAGAAACAGAUCCUCUUUGGGAUUUUUUUUGUCCUACAAAAAUUGAUAAACAAGAUUCAUCUGAUAUUGACUUGCGACGAGCACUUGCUCUCCUUGCUGCAGUUGCCGUGAGCCUUCCAUCAGAUUCAACUCACAUUUGGACUCAUAUGUUUAAACUUGAAGCUCUGGAAGGAACGUUUGUCACUGGAAAUUUGUAUCCUAAUGCUGUGAAACGUGGUGGUCUUCUUUAUGACUGUGGUUGUGAGCUGACUGCUGACGGCAUGUACGGACAUGCUGAUUACACAGCUCAUGCGGAUAGAGGGACGUUAAACAUUCAUUCUCUUUACCUUCUGCUUUGGAUCAACUUUGGUUCAUUUUGUUUGUCACUGUUGACACAGCACAAUGCUCAACACAUCAUCAAAGGUGGUGUUAUCUCUGAUUUGCAAUCUGUACGCCACUACUGUCUUUCUCAAGUGAAGACAAUGUGGAUGCUGAUGAGAAAUAAUCUGGAUUUCUGUGAUGAAGAAAGGACUCUUUUUGUUACAUCAGCUUUACACAAAAUAUUUGAAGUAGCACAAAGAACUCAUUCACCCAUUUGUGGUUCCGUGUUCACUAACUUAGAUGAUUUGGAUUUAUAUGAGAAGGCUUUUCAUGAGGAAGUCUUUGAGCCAACUCGGCAAAUGUUUCUUGAAGACAAACCGUUUGUUUAUCAGAGUGUUUGGCAGCAACAUCCCUUUCUGACAUCUGUUAGAGAAUUCUCAACUACCUAUCCUAUCGUGCCAACAUACAACGACUUCGUUUACAGUUUUGAGCACAUACAACAGUCUAAUAAUACGCGAUUAUAUGAGGAGUUGUCAGUCCUUCGCAAGUUUAUCAGAGAAAAACAACGUCUUCGUGUUGGUGGACUACUGUUGCCCGAUUUAGUUGAGUUCUAUGUGUGGCUGCAUCAGCAUCUUUCUCAUCUCGUGACAAAGCAGCAAGCACUUGAACUUUCUGUUGGUGAUGUUGUGAAGCGACUUACUAAACGUUACAGCAAGGACUACGCAGCCUACAUUCGAAGAUUGUUUGCAAGAGUACAAGAGAAUUACAACAAGUAUGUUGAACUGAAUGGUGGGGUUAUUGGUCCUCUGAAUGAAAAGGAAACAAAGUUAGCACAACUGCUGAGUGACACUGAAGAGGAGGAACAUGGUCCUGAUGCUCUUUUUGUUGUUAUUCGAACUUUGGUGACUACCCAGAAUGACUUCAUGACGGCAGUGAUGACAGAUGAUCAUUUCAAUACAACUAGAUGUACAUCUACGACUUUCAAAUUCCUGCCAGCAAAGGAAGAAGUGAGUGUCCUGGAAUUGGGAUUUCAUAACUGUUUGAUUGGAGAUAUCACUCUUGAAGAGUUGCAACCAUAUUUGAAACGAGAAGUUAAUUCGGUAAGUGGCGAGCUUGGAGCAGAGCUAAUGAGAAUCAUUCAUAGACACCAUUUGUACGUGCCGGGUGCUGGAAACCUGAAAGAAGAAGAAACACCAGCUGAUCUCACUGCUAGCUUACUGGGAAAGUAUAAAGUCAAAGCAAACAUGAUGUUUGAUUUUCACAGAUUGCAACAAGCUGUUGUGACGCAAUUUAUUGCUGGAAAGUCAUUUAUAAUGGAUCCAGCACAAAUUCGUGUUCUUUUCCAUUAUCGUCAAAAACAUUCUAUGCACCCUUCAUUAAGAUCUCUUGGCAACGUUCAGGCACAUAUUGACUUGCCUACUCUGGAGCAUGAACUUCCGAUCUCUUUCAAGAGUCAGCUAUCUUUAUCUCAGAGAAAAGAAAUUGACAUUAUCUUUCACGAUUUGAAUUACUGCAAUUCUGUGGGUUUGGUUAAAGCACUCAGGGCUGUUGCUGGCCAUCUUUACCAGGCUCUAAUGGAGGAAAAAUCGAUUGGCAGAGAAGCUCUCAGUGCAAAAUGUGAGGAGCUAUCCCAGUUGACCAUUUAUAACUUUUUACUACAAGUUUACAAUGAGACUGAUUGGAGUCCAAAUUUAGCAUCAAGGAUAGGAUUUCCUUCUUUGCUUGCUGACAGGCAGUGUGACAACUUGCUUUCUACUUCUAUGUCCCAACUGUACGAAACUCUUGCUGUACUGUUUUCAAAGCUGUGUGAUAGGGAGUAUGAGUUUGCCCAUCUUCCAUUGACGCUUAAAUCUCCACUGCCUGAUUCAGUCAAAGAAACAAUUACCAAUCUACCAAAAGCAUAUGAAGAAAACGGUAUUACGGUACCUUCAAAAUUUGUGGAGCAUAUGGAAGAUUUUGAUCAAACACUUCUUCACUCCGAACACGAUCUUGAGCGACAAGCAAAGGAGAAUUGCCUGGUUCAGUAUGUGGUUGACACCAACUUCUAUGAUGAUAAAGACCUUCCUGUCCGCUUGUUGCCAAGAGAUGUCAUCAGAGUAGAACACUACAUGCAUUUUCGUCUGGCCAUAAACAGGGUUUUAGCACUGCAGAAAAAGACUCUCGCGUCUGAUAGUAAAAGUGAUGAUUGUUGGUCUGACGUUGUGGUGUCUAUAUUGCACAAGUUUCCGCAGAUGGAUCACAGGCCUAAGACUAAUGAAGGGUCUAAGUCGUCGCAAGUGCCUGUAUUUGUAUUGGGUGGCAAGGGUGGAUUGCACCAUCCAGUAUGGAUUGAGGGUAGAGAUAAUUCUCUAGAGAAUGUAACAGAUGACAGUGAUGAUGAGGCAAGUGACUUGGAAGAAACAGGAGAAUUGAAAGAUGAUGUUAGAAAAACUGUAGUUCCCAAUUCUCAGCCACCUGUGGAAUCUCAGUCUGAUUAUGAGUUAUCGGGCAAUAUUCCUGGCAUGGAAGAUAGAGAUGAAGGCAGUGUGAAAACGCCUGAGGUGUCUGGACCCUCAAGUACUGAGUCAGAAGAAGAUGAAAAUUCAGAAGAUGAGCGUACAGUAGAUAAGGUCGACACAGCUAUUCCUGCCAGUCAUUCAGGCAACAAAAACUUGACACUGCAGCGGUCAGAGAUUACUAUCGACUUGCCUUCAGAAAGCGCUACAGGCACUACAAGACCUAUGGAUGCAAGCACAUACUUGAAGAUCUGUAGCCCAGAUGAGAAACAAGCUAUGGCUCGACAGCUUCUGCUUGAGUCAGAUCUGAGUCUGGCUCGACAACUUUCGGUUCAGCCAGACAAAGACUUGGGUUUUAUGAGUGUUGAUGAUGUUGCACAGUUGUUAGAAAUGGGCAAGCUUAGCAAGUACGUUGAGUUAUUUAGAGAAAAAGAGAUUGAUGGUGCCACUCUUCAAGAACUUGACAUAGAUGCUUUCGAAGAGCUUGGUGUCAAGGGGAUUGAUCGUUCUAAGAUGAUAGGCAUCAUAAAACGGGAAAAGAAACAAUGAGGAUGACUUACAUUAAUCAAGCGGAUUUGUUCUACUUAGUACUUUCAUAGUGCUGACAAAUUCUGCUGCUGUGAUGAUUGCUUUUGCUUGUUAUGUUCAUUUUAAGCAUUUACUAUGGGAGGAUAUCCUUAAAAGUUGGUAGCUAGCUGCUCUGGGUUUGUAUACUAAUCAACAAUACUUGAUCAGGCUGUUGCAUAUGUACAUGUAUAUCCAGAUAGGCUGA